CAUAAGACACUAGGACCAUAUGCAGCUUUUAGACCUUUAGUUAAAGUUAAGUUAGUGCAAGUAUCUUUCUAGAAGUGCAGACAGGAAGUAACCCAGAGCUGCAGCAGUGACAGGAGAGAGUGCACAGAAGAAGAGGAGUUUCAUGAUGAAGAUCGCUGUGCUGGGAGCCACAGGGCAGACGGGACUGUACUUGGUCCAACAGGCUCUGGACCAGGGCCACUGUGUCACUGCUGUGGUCAGGAAUCCGGCUAAACUCACUGUGCAGCAUGAAAAUCUCAAGGUCGUGGAGGCAAAUAUUUUCUCCGCGGACAGUUUGAAGAGCCAUUUUGAAGGGCAGGAUGCCGUCAUGUCCUGCCUUGGUUUCCCCACUUCUUUUUUCUCCGCAGUGACGGGCUACACCAGGUCCAUGCACGCGACGGUCAAAGCCAUGAGAGAGGCCAAGGUCAACAGGCUCAUCACCAUGUCGUCCUGGUACACGGAGCCCAACUCAGGGUCUCAGUCGCCGUAUAUGAUCCGCUUCCUGUUGCUGCCGAUGAUCCGGAGCAUCCUCACCAACAUGUUCCAGAUGGAGCAGUUUCUGCAAAAGACCAGUGACAUUGACUGGACUGUGGUCCGUCCACCCGGGCUGAGAAACCAGUCUGCUUCAGCUCUGGGCUUCCUGACACAUGAGGGCUAUUUCGUCCCGGGCAGCGGCGGGGCCCCUGUGUCCAGCGCAGUGGCUCGAGGGGAUGUGGCUCGUUUUAUGCUCUCACAGCUCAACAACAACGCCUGGAUCAAGAAGGGAGUAGCUAUUACCACCAACUAAGCAUCAGCCAGUCCAAAUACAGACAUAUAUGCACUAAUUUACAUUUUUGUAUCGUAUUUACAUUUGCUUUGUAAGAUCAUAAAAAUGUGGCUUUAUCUCUUUUCAAGGGAAAUGACAUGAAGAACUAAACUGUAAUAUUCUGACAUUUAUUGCUAAAAUAUGCACUGAAUGUUGUGUCUGCAGAGUUCAUAUUUAAUUAUGAUUCUGAGUUUCCAUCAUUUCUAACGUUGCCUUAUAAAAACUGCCUUUGUCUUGAGUAUUUUUUUUACAGUUGUAUUACUUGAGUUUAGCCACAUGGGUGCGUGAUUGUUCUACUCUGACCACAGUGAAUGUGACUUUUAUUAUUAUGACUUUGCUUAUACAAAUGUCACAGCAGAAUGUCUAAAAUAAAAAAUAUAACUUUU